AAUAGAGAGGCGGACGUGCACUGUCCGACUCCUCUCGUCAUCAUCGCAACUUCAUAUAUAAACAAAACACUCCGAAUCAUAAAGAACCCAGAUUCCCCUGACAGUCUGUACCCACUUUCAUAUCUCGUGCGGUGUUUCACUUGUGACACAGAGACUUGCCCACUACCUCCUUCAUUGCUCUCGGCUCUCUCCCUCUUGCUUCCCUCUCUCAACCUUUCAUGGCUUCCAUUGUUGAAUCUGGCUGGCGGUAUCUCAUCACAAAUUUCAACGACUUUCAACUGGCAUGUCUAGGAAGUUUCUUUCUCCAUGAAAGUGUCUUUUUCUUGUCUGGACUUCCUUUUAUAUAUCUUGAGAGGGCAGGAUGGCUAAGCAAGUACAAGAUUCAGGAUAAAAUUAACAGCCCAGCAGCUCAGGAGAAAUGUAUCACUCGCUUACUGCUGUAUCAUUUUUGUGUCAAUCUGCCAGUUAUGAUAGCUUCCUAUCCCAUCUUCAAGUUCAUGGGGAUGCGAAGUAGUCUUCCAUUGCCGUCCUGGAAAGUGGUUUCGACACAGAUAAUUUUCUACUUCAUCCUAGAGGAUUUUAUUUUCUACUGGGGACAUAGGGUUCUUCAUACAAAAUGGUUGUACAAGCAUGUGCACAGCGUUCAUCACGAAUAUGCUACACCUUUUGGACUUACUUCUGAAUAUGCUCACCCAGCUGAGAUCUUAUUCCUUGGCUUUGCUACAAUUGUUGGUCCUGCCAUAACUGGGCCUCAUCUGAUCACUCUGUGGUUAUGGAUGGUGCUCAGAGUGUUAGAGACAGUUGAGGCACACUGUGGUUACCAUUUCCCAUGGAGCCUGUCGAACUACAUACCUUUAUAUGGAGGUGCUGAUUUCCAUGACUAUCAUCAUCGUUUGCUCUUUACCAAGUCUGGAAACUAUUCAUCUACUUUUGUCUACAUGGACAUGAUAUUUGGAACAGACACAGGUUACAGAAAGCUGAGAGCACUGGAGAGGAGUCGAAGAUGAUGGCGACGGCACAUACUUUGGCAAGGGUAAAUGCAACAGCAAGGAAAUGUGACGAGGCCAUUCUCUCGAAGUAGCUGGACAUUAGUAAAUUUGGUUUUUCCCGUUUUCCUGUAGCAGUAUUUCUAAGGAUGUCUUUGUUUAUUCCCCCUCAUCUUGUGUGCGACCACCAUUUUCUUUUUAAUUUUUGCUCAUUUUGAGCUAGUGCUAGAUUGGAACCAUUAGAAUUUAUGCAAACACUUCUGGCCUAUUCCUUUCUUCGAUGAAACUGCCCUGUAAGUCUUUCCAGCCUGGCAGACAGAUUGCAUAACGAGAGUUGUUCCGAUUAUGGCCAUGCUGCUGCUUUUAAGUUACUUGGGUCUUAGUGGUUGGAAAGUUAUUCACAACCAACUGUAUGGAGUAUCAAUAUUUUGCGCAAAACUUUAUCCCCAUGAUACUUAAUGUUGCCAACUU